GUCAGUUUUGUAUUGUUUACAUCGGUGGUAAGUUGUGUUUGAAAAAUCGAAAAAAUCAAUAUUAUUAUUUCGCGUAAAUUACGUUGCUGUAUUUUAAUUACAUGUAGGAGAACACAGGAGACCGGGUUAAAAAUGCAGGCAUUACUGCUUCUCCUAGCUGCAGUGGGGACCGUGUAUCCAGCACCAGAAGAAAGGUCAGCGCCGAAAACUGAUACUUGUGGAUAUGAUAGUUGUCCUGCCACGCUACCCGAUACACUCAAUGUGCAUAUAGUUCCUCACACUCAUGAUGAUGUCGGCUGGCUCAAGACGGUCGACCAGUAUUAUUAUGGCAGUAAGAACAGUAUUCAGAAGGCUGGUGUUCAGUAUAUUCUAGAUUCUGUUGUCAAAGAACUAUGGGAAGACCCAAAGAGAAGAUUCAUAUACGUGGAAACAGCUUUCUUCUGGAAAUGGUGGGUCCGUCAGAGUGCGGCUGUGCAGUCCAAGGUGCACACCCUGGUGAGGCAGGGUCGGCUGCAGAUGGUGGGGGGGGCUUGGAGCAUGAACGACGAAGCCGCUUCUCAUUAUCAGAGCACUGUUGAUCAGUUCACUUACGGGUUGAAGAAACUGAACCAGACGUUUGGUCACUGUGGCAGGCCUCACGUGGGCUGGCAGAUAGAUCCAUUCGGGCACUCGCGCGAGUUCGCCUCGCUGCUGGCCAUGAUGGGCUAUGAUGGCCUCUUCUUAGGCCGCAUAGACUAUCAGGAUAAGAGGAAUAGGCUGCUUAAUAGGAAUAUGGAGAUGGUUUGGCAUGGAGAUGAUGCGUUGGGCAGAUCAUCAGACAUCUUCACAGGAGUACUACACAACACAUACUCGCCGCCGGCCGGGUUCUGUUUCGACGUGCUCUGUGCCGACGAGCCGAUCAUAGACGACCCGGAUUCACCCAUGUAUAAUGUCGACUCUAAGGUUUCAAUAUUCUUAGACGAUGCUGUGAAGCAAGCUAAAUAUUAUAGAACUAAUAAUGUUAUAUUUACAAUGGGCGGUGAUUUCACAUAUCAAGACGCUAAUAUGUGGUAUACGAAUCUAGAUAAAUUGAUACAGUAUGGUAAUUUGAAAGCAGCGAAAGACAAAAUGAAUAUUACCCUGUUUUAUUCGACGCCUAAUUGUUAUUUGAAAGCAAUUAAAGAUGCUAACCCGACAUUACCCACAAAGAAAGACGAUUUCUUCCCGUACGCGAGUGAUUCUACCGCCUAUUGGACUGGGUACUUCACUUCUAGGCCUACCACUAAAUAUUUUGAAAGAGAAGGAAAUUGUUAUUUACAGAUGGUAAAGCAAUUGCAAGUGUUAGCGAACUUAGAAAAACAUAAUGAAUUUGUAUUAAAUGAACUGAGGAGUGCUAUGGGAGUGAUGCAGCAUCACGACGCGAUCACGGGCACUGAGAAGCAGCACGUGACGCACGACUACGAGCGGCUGCUCAACCAGGCCAUCGAUGACGCCUUGACUAUUGCUAAACAGGCUUUUAAUAAAGUGACACUGAACGACGAGUCGAAGCCGCCAUUGUUCGCGUUCCAGAGAUGUCAUCUCAACGAGUCCAGCUGUCACGUGUCUGAGAAUAGCGACAGGUUUAUUGUGACUAUAUACAAUCCGCUGGGUUUUGCUGUGAAAGAACCCAUAAGAAUACCAGUCGGCAACGGACAGUUCGAAGUCUAUAGCUCUGAUGGCAAACAAAUCAAGAUACAAAUGGUACCCAUAGCCCACAGAGUUAGAAACAUCCCCACGCGACGAUCAAAAGCAACCCAAGAAAUAGUUUUCAUAACUGAUUUAAAACCUCUUUCGUACAAAUCUAUUUACAUAAAAAAAAUUAACCGCACUAAGAGAAGUGGCAACACUUAUGAUUUUUAUUCAAAUAUUAAUAAUAAUUUUUGGGGACAUAUUAAAGAGCCGGUUUUCAAUAAAAUCGAUGACAAACAGACUUACAAAGACAUUAUAGAUGACGUUACUAGCAUACCUUUUGCGCCGGUUCAUUCUGAAGACAUUUCGUUAAUAGACGAUAGAGAGACAAAUUUGGAUAUUCUAAAAGAUGGUAAAAACGAUGCUGAGGUCUUAGAGCUAGAGAAAUUCCUCAAAGAUAACAGAAGGAAAGAUAAAGAUAAUGCAAGGAUAGUGGAUAGCUAUCCUAAUUUUAAUGAAGAUGAAAUGCGGAUGUUGGCAGAUGAGCCGAGGACGGUUGAGAAGUUUGACGAUGAACUCGCUAUGGAGAAUCAGUUUUACAAUCUCCAAAUAAACACAGCGAGCGGUUUCAUCAACCAGGUCACUCUCCCAGAACAGACAAAACUAAAUUUUUCCAUCAACAUGUUCUAUUACUCAGCCACUUGUGGCGACAACCAGGGGACUGAACGUCGGUCCUCUGGCGCUUACAUUUUCAGACCCCUGUCCUACAACCCGGUUAAACUUGACACCCAGAGAACUGAAUUUGUCAACGGUGACCUUGUUACUGAAUUUCGCGUAAAUUUGAGUCCUGGGGGUUAUGUUAAUACCAAAUUAUAUGAUGGUCUAAAUUUUAUAGAGACAGAAUGGAUAGUAGGCCCUAUAAAUAUAGAUGAUUUGAUAGGUAAAGAGUAUGUUAUGAAAUACCAAACGAAUAUAGUUAAUAAUGGAGAAUUUUAUACUGACUCAAAUGGUAGACAGAUGCUGAAAAGAAAACUAAAUUUCAGACCACAAUGGAAUGUUACAUUAGCAGAGCCGAUAUCAGGGAAUUAUUACCCGGUGACAAAUGAAAUUUAUAUAGAAGGUGAGAAUUUGAGGUUGACGGUUUUACCCGACAGGUCAGAGGGAGGUUCGUCUUUAAUUGAGGGGGAAAUAGAGCUGAUGUUACAUAGAAGAUUAUUGUGCGACGAUGCUUUCGGUGUAGGGGAGGCAUUGAACGAAACUGCUAAUGGGUACGGGCUGGUAGUUAGAGGGAAACACAGAAUUAUUAUUGGUAAAGAUGAGAAUAUUAUCAAGAAGAAUGUCCUAGGCUUACAUUUGGGUCCACAGCUACUAUUCUCAGAUGCAGAAAACAUAAAAUUUGAUGACUGGUUGAAGUUAAACAAUGAUUAUAGUUUUCUAAAUAAAGAAUUGCCGUACGGAAUACAUUUAUUAACACUAGAACCUUGGGAUUCGAAAAUUUUGAUCAGAUUAGAGAAUUACUUGGAUAAUUCUGAAGUUGUAGAAGUUGACCUUAAAAAUCUUUUCAAAAAUAUUACAAUAAAAAGUUUGAGAGAAACGAUGUUGGCUGCUAAUAUGUUCGUUGACGAAUAUGAUCAGUGGGUGUGGAAUAAAGAACCAAAAGUCAAAAAUUUCGAAAAGUCCAAAAGUUCGGAUUUGAAAGUCAAAUUGAGGUCCAAACAGAUUCGAACAUUCAUAGCAUCGGUUGAGGACAGGAAGAAUAGCAAAAAGUUUUUAAUUGUAGAAUUGAGGAGGCGGAAUAAAAAAAAUUGAGUCAUGAGUCAAAAUUUGUCUCAUGAAAGCGGGUGAGCUAUACUUGUC